GUUUCAUUAUUAAACUCAUUCUGCUUUAGUGGAAACCACAUCACCGUCAUCAUGCCGACGGUGGUCCUGGUGGACACGUCUCUGUCCAUGACGCGGCCGGUCUCUCUGGACCAGUGUUCCGAGGAGUUGCAGAGGAAGAACCUAGCUGUGGCCGGACUCACCAUGCUGUUUGAGCACAUGGCUAACAACUACAGACUGGAAUUCACUUCUCUAGUGGCCUUCUCUUCCCUGUGGGAGCUACUGGUACCUUUCACCAGGGACUACAACACCCUACAGGAAGCCCUGAACAACCUGGAGGACUAUGACAAGACGUGUCUGGAGUCAGCUUUACAUGGAGUCAGCAACGUGGUGCAGCAGGAGUGGGGCCACGCCUGUCCCACACAGGUGGUGUUGGUAACAGACGGGUCUCUGGGGAUCGGUAAAGGCUCUCUGAGACACUCCCUACAGACUCUGAAAGGACGACCGGAGGAUAAGAAGUUCCCCUUGCCCUUCCCUUUCCCUGCCAAGCUGUUCAUCAUGUGCAUCGCUAACGCAGAGGAGUUACAGAUGACAGACACGAUGCAUAACCUGGAGCGGCUGCUCCAGCUGAACGGAGGAGACGGACAGAUCUUCACUAUGGAAGGACAGCUCUGUCUGAAGAGUGUCCAGUCCAUGUUCGGACGUCUGAUAGAUGAGGUCUACUCCCCGUUCCCUGCUGUACUGCGUUGUGGGAACCUGGCAUCCGAUGUCCAGGUGUUCCCCAGACCUGAGCCUGUGUUCCUGGAUGAAGAAAUCGACCCUAUGCCCCGACACAUCCUCACAGAUCUGGAGAUAGUUGGUUUCAUAGAGAUAGGAGACAUCUCCAGUCCUCCUGUCAUGUCCAGACACCUGGUCCUGCCUAUCGCUGUCAAUAAAGAGGUGGAUGACGUGGGUCCAGGAACCACAGAGGAGCCAGAGGAGGAGACAUCAGCCAACCAGCAGGCAGGGAAGGUCCCCAACUUCUGUGUCCUACUCCAUGGCAGUCUGAAGGUGGAGGGCAUGGUGGCGCUGGUGCAGCUGGGCCCAGAGUGGUAUGGUAUGCUGUACUCCCAGGCAGACAGCAAGAAGAAGUCUAAUCUGAUGAUGUCUCUGUUUGAGCCUGGACCUGAGCCUUUACCCUGGCUGGGCAAGGUGUCUCAGCUAGGACCUAUAUCAGAUGCAGCUGAGAACCCGUACGGGGAGGAUGACAGUAAGAGUCCUUUCCCACUGCAGCCUAAGAUCAAACGCAGCUACGCUCAGAACGUCACUGUCUGGAUCAAAGCUAGCGGACUGCAGACUGAUGUGCAGAAGAUCCUGAGGAACGCCAGGAAACUGCCAGAGAAGACUCAGACAUUCUACAAGGAGCUGAACCGUCUGCGGAAGGCAGCGCUGGCGUUUGGUUUCUGGGAGCUGCUGAAGGGCGUGGCAGAGCUGUUAGAGGAGUGUACCCUGCUGCCAGACACUGCUCACCCCGACGCAGCCUUCCAGCUAUCACACGCUGCCAAGCAGCUUAAACUGGCCUCCACAGGAGACUCCCAGUACGCUGCCUUCGACCAGAACAUCAACCCCAUGCACACCGACUUCUCUGGGGGAGGAGCUGGCAUGUAGAGGAAGGAAGACUGCUUCUGCCCGUUGUGUCCUCUCUAAUGCCCAGGAAGCCGAGUCCUCUCUAAUGUCCAGGAAGCCCCGAGUCCUAGUAGAUGUUGGCCUGUGUCCUCUCUAAUGCCCAGGAAGCUCAGAUUCAAGUAGAGAUGUUGGCCUGUGUCCUCUAAUGCCCAGGAAGCUCAGAUUCAAGUAGAGAUGUUGGCCUGUGUCCUCUAAUGCCCAGGAAGCUCCGAUUCAAGUAGAGAUGUUGGCCUGUGUCCUCUCUCACGCCCAGGAAGCUCCCAAUACAGCUUUGUAAGUGUUAGUUGCUCAGUGAAACUCCAUAUUUGGUGAGUAACUAUCUUAAUUUACUCCCGUUACAGCCAGUAUGUCAUUUCAGAAAAUAUCGAAAAACCCCUUUGGCACCUCCAAUGAGGCUUUUCCCCCCCUCGAUUCCUUGUACAUUUGUAUUUAGACCUAAUAAUGAAUGAAAUAAUGUAUUUUGACAAUUUGAAUCUGAGCUUCCUGGGUUGUUAGAGAGGAGCCCCGUCAUGCUCAACAUCUCUAAAUCCUAUAGGCUCUGGUCUAAAGUAGUGCACUAUAUAGGGAAUAGGGAAUAGGGCUCUGGUCUAAAUUAGUGCACUAUAUAGGGAAUAGGGUGCUGUUUCAGACUACUAGAAUGGCACACCAACUGUUUAAAGUUAAGGCUUCACAUGUGUUUUUGACCAUAUCGUUUUUAUAACUUUCCUAAUGAAUAAAUGAAAAAAAAAAAAGGUU